ACUAUGACAUCAAGCGAUUUGAUUGGCUGUUUGUGCUGUUUCUGAAGCGGGAGUUUUUGGAUAAUCAGUAAAAGCGUUCGUGACAUUCUUUUCCUGCAUAAGGUCACGUUUUAUCAGUUAAACUAUUCUAACAACCUUUACGCAUUUAAAUAAUCUCUACCAGAGUAUUUUGUAAACACUACGCGGACUGAGAAGUUGGUGUUAGUUAAAUCUUUAGAGCUCGAAAUUGGAUUAACGUCGUUAGUCGCCUAAUAGCAACUUCAGACGAAGGUGUCUCGUGCAUCAUCGCCCGCGAACGUCAACUUAAUCCGAGCUCGCGCUUCCCUCUUCCAACGAUCAACAGGAGGUUUCUACCUCAGGAAUAGCAUGAUCCCUUAAACCCGUAUUAAACGCCGUAACUUUAGUAGAAGUACUUUUAUCUUCGCCCGGACAUGGAAAAUUACCACCACUCGCGACAUGAAGGCUCCAGUCAUGGAAGGGAGAAUAAAAUACAUCGAAAAAAAGGACUCGGAGCAGGAAUGUAUUCGCACGGUGGCGAUGACGUGGAGAAAAAGCCUAAAUUUCACUUAAACAUCAGAACACUUACUGAUGAUGUGUUGGACAGGUUUGCCAGUAUCCGGAUCCCCGGUAGUAAAAAGGAACGACCACACCUCUCUUAUAUGGCCAAGCAGUCUUCUUCUGGUGACUGGUCCACCCCUUCUGAAUUUGAGGAGCUCUCUUCAAAGAUCACAUCUGAAAAGGAAAUCCUUGCCCUGUUUGAGAAAAUGAUGGAAGAUAUGAAUCUUAAUGAGGAGAAGAAAGCGCCACUCCGGGAGAAAGACUUGAGCACAAAAAGGGAAAUGGUCCUUCAGUACAUCAUCACAGCUGCGAAAACCGGUAGCCUGAGAAGCAGCAGUCAGAUCUCUCCUCAAGAGUUUCUGAGUGAGCUGAAAAGCGGAGCCACCGACGAGAGACUUUUCGCCUGCUUGGAUUCACUCCGAGUAUCUCUCACCAGUAAUCCAGUCAGCUGGGUGCAGAGUUUUGGCCAUGAGGGCCUGGGCCUCCUGCUGGAUACACUGGAGAGGCUCCUGCUCAAAAAACACCAAGAAAAGGUGGAUAAGAAGAGUCAGCACAAAGUCAUUCAGUGCCUCAAGGCUUUUAUGAACAACAAGUAUGGACUUGAGCGGAUCCUUGGAGAGGAGAACAGUCUAGCACUUUUGGCCCAAGCUAUUGACCCUUGUCAACCGGCCAUGAUGACGGAUGUUGUCAAACUGCUCUCUGCGAUCUGUAUUGUGGGAGAAGAGAACACUUUGGAGAAAGUCCUUGAAGCCAUCACCACGGCAACAGAGAGAAAAGGGGUUGCCCGCUUCAGCCCUAUCGUUCAAGGCCUUAGCGAUCGCUCGGUCCAGUUACAGGUGGCCUGUAUGCAGCUCAUCAAUGCCCUCGUAACAUCUCCUGAUGAGUUGGACUUGAGGCUUCACAUCCGAAAUGAAUUUAUGCGCUGCGGCCUGCGAGAGAUCCUGCCGAACUUAAACACGGUCAGAAAUGAGGCUUUGGAUAUCCAGCUCAAGGUCUUCGAGGAGCACAAGGAGGAGGACAUGAUUGAGUUCUCCCAUCGCCUGGAGGACAUCAGAAGUGAACUGGAUGAUAUCGGGGAUGUAUUCAAUGUUUUAUUCUCCUCUGUGAAGGACACUAAUGCAGAGAAUCAUUUCCUUUCUAUACUGCAACAUCUGCUGCUGAUCAGGAAUGAUUAUUUCACACGGCCUCAGUAUUUUAAGAUCAUAGAUGAGUGUGUCUCACAAAUCGUUCUACAUCGUAGUGGCACUGAUCCUGAUUUCGAAUACCGGAAACGUCUGGAUGUGGAUUUCAGUCACUUGUUAGAGUUGUGCGUGGAUAAAGCCAGGGCAGAAGAAUUUGAGCAGAGGGCUUCUGAGUUAGCCCAGAAGUUUGACGAGGAGUUCCUGGGCAGACAGGAAGCUCAGGCUCAACUGUUAAAGAGAGAAGAAAAGAUCAAUGAACUUGAGGCUGAACUUCAGGCCUAUAGAAACCAGUUUGGUGCAGUAUCAGCGCAGUCUAUCCAGGCCUUGUCUUCAUCUGCCUCAUCUUCAUUUCCACCCGCUCCACCUCCUCCACCCCCCCUUUCUGGCGCUCCAGUUCCCCCACCUCCUCCACCUCCACCGCCACCUCUUCCUGGCUGUGCUUCCAUGCCCGGAAUACCUCCACCCCCUCCUCCACCGGGUCUGCUUGGGAUGGCAUUCGCCUCAAUGCCGGACACGCUGCCUUUUGGUCUGAAGCCCAAGAAGGAAUUCAAGCCUGAAACUUCCAUGAAGCGCCUCAACUGGUCCAAGAUCUCACCCCAGGAGAUGUCCGAGAGCUGUUUUUGGGUCAUCGUCAAUGAAGGUCGCUACGAGAACGAUGAGCUGCUCAACAGACUCGCUGUCACCUUCAGCACACAGAGAGCCGCACGAAAAGAAGAGGAGGACCUGGAGGAGAAGAAAUCCAUCAAAAAGAGAGUGAAAGAGCUGAAAGUGCUGGACCCAAAGAUAGCGCAGAACCUCUCUAUCUUUUUGGGGUCGUUUCGUAUGCCCUAUGAGGAGAUCAGGAGAAUGAUAUUAGAGGUGGAUGAGGAUCAGCUGACUGAGCCCAUGAUCCAGAACCUUGUGAAGCACCUGCCAGAACAAGAGCAGCUAAACGCACUGGUCAAGUAUAAGAGCGACUAUGCCAACCUUUCUGAACCCGAGCAGUUCGGAGUUGUUAUGAGCAGUGUAAAGCGUCUAAAACCCAGACUGAACUCCAUCCUGUUUAAGCUGCAGUUUGAGGAGCAGGUGAAUAACUUGCGUCCAGACAUAAUGGCAGUGAAUGCUGCCUGUGACGAGAUGAGGAAGAGCAAAGCCUUCAGCAGACUGCUGGAACUCGUUCUGCUCAUGGGGAACUUCAUGAACGCCGGCUCACGGAACGCCCAGUCUUUCGGCUUCAACCUUAGCUCACUCUGCAAGCUGAAGGACACUAAAUCAGCUGAUCAGAAGUCCACUCUGCUGCACUUCCUGGCGGAGAUCUGUGAGGAAAGAUAUCCUGAAGUGCUAAAGUUUGUUGACGAUCUACAGCAUGUUGAUCGGGCCAGUCGAGUAUCAGCAGAAAACCUCGAGAAGAGUUUAAGACAGAUGGAGAUACAGCUGCUGCAGUUGGAGAAGGAUCUGGAAACGUUCGGCUCUACAGAUGACCAGCAGGACCUGUUCUACAGCAAGAUGGCAAGUUUCUCCACACAUGCAAGAGAUCAGUACCAGAAGCUGGUGAUCAUGAAUAGGAACAUGGUGACUCUCUAUCUCAACAUGCUGGAGUAUUUUGCCAUCGACUCCAAGAAGACCUCAGUGGAGGAACUCUUUACUGAUCUGAGCAACUUCAGAGCCAUGUUCACGCAAGCAGUAAAGGAGAAUGGAAGGAUAAGAGAGGCGGAGGAGAAGCAAAGAAAAGCAAGGGCAGCCAAAGAGAAGGCCGAACGAGAGAAACGGGAGCGGCAGAUGAAGAAGAAGAGAUUGCUGGAGGUCAACACAGAGAACGAUGAGACCGGCGUGAUGGAUUGUCUGCUAGAGGCGCUACAGUCCGGAGCCGCUUUCAGGGACCGCCGGAAAAGAGCACCCAGACCCCGAGAUGAACCAACUCAACGGCUCAGCAUGAGUCCACAAAGACCCGUACUGAAAGACUGCAACCACGAAAACAUGAAAGCACCUCUGCAAAGGUCACGGUCGCGGCAGAAUAUCAAUUUCAGCUCGACACGAGCACCCACUGCCAAGGAGCCUCAUUACGAGAGCGAAGCCCAUUCGUCUACAGCCCACAGAGCGACCCACCGGCCCGACAGGGAGAGAGAGAAAGACAAAGAGAAAGCAAGAGAACGAGAGAAGGAAAAAGAGCAAACUCCGCCGCUUUGUUCCUCCAACGGUGACACGGACGUGGAGGCUUUGCUCGCUCGCCUGCGUGCCCUCUGAUGACAUCACCAACACAUCUACCGCCGGCCCUGCAGACCACUCACAUUGACCUCUGUAGUCACAAUGGCCAUUUCCAGACAAAACGAAUCAGACGGGCGGUUACAGUCACCUUUUGCUAAUAAAUGCUUUUUGUUGCACACACACAAAUAAGAAAAGUCUUAACAAUUAACCUUUAUUACUGGCUUCCUCUGACCUUUUACCUCCAACAACAAACUUGUAGUCCACAGAAGUCAUUGUGUGCUGGUCUGGUUCUGAAGCUUUAGUCAUCACUGUCUUUUAUUAAGCACCUAAUUACUGGACAGUUUAAAUUGACCUUUGGGCCGAGCACUUUUCUCUUUUUUUAAUGUAAUAACCAAAGCAAUUAUUACUCUUUAAACUCUCAUGCUUUCUGCUUUCAUAUACAAUAUUUUAACAUUACAGCAGCGCAUAACUAUACCUUUAAAGGGAUAGUUUACCCAAAAAUGAAAAUAAUGUCAUUAAUGCCUCACCAAACUCGUAAGACCUCCGUUCAUCUUAAGAACACAGUUUAAGAUGUUUUAGAUUUAGUCAGAGAGCUUGAUGACCCUUCAUUGAAAAUCUAUGUACGGUAUACUGUCCAUGUCCAGAAAGGUAAUAAAAACAUCAUCAAAGUAGUCCAUGUGACAUCAGUGGGUCAGUUAAAAUGUGUCCAAAAUACAUUUUAGUCCAAAAAUAACAAAAAUUACCACUUUAUUCAGCAUUGUCUUCUCUUCCGUGACUGCAGUGACGCGGCUGACGUGUUAUCUGGUGCGCCCCAGCUGUUUUUUUUGUGCGCUAGUGCUUCUUUUACAGUCUGAGGGAGACGCACGCUGUAAGUUUGAAAAAAAAACUUUGUAAACAUGUCUGAGGAUAACACGUCAUCCGUGUCACUGGAUUCACAUGACUUUAUUCUCGUGCAUGCGCUUCACAACAGACACGGAAGAGAAGACAAUGCUGAAUAAAGUCGUAUUCUUGGAUGCUUCAACACAUUCUAACUGACCCACUGAUGUCACAUGUACUACUUUGAUGAUGUUUUUAUUACCUUUCUGGACAUGGACAGUAUACCGUACAUAGAUUUUCAAUGAAGGGUCAACAAGCUCUUGGACUAAAUAUAAAACAUCUUAAACUGUGUUCUGAAGAUGAACGGAGGUCUUAUGAGUUUGGAACGACAUGAAGGUGAGUCAUUAAUGACGUUAUUUUCAUUUUUGGGUGAACUAUCCCUUUAAAAUCUGCAUUUGUAAAUGUUUGCUAUAAAAUUAUUUCUAUGACCUAUGUUUGUAUUCAUGUGAAUGUAAGUUUUAUUAUGCAUGAAAAUCUUUAUACUUAAAAAAAACAAGACAAGCGUAUACCUAUAUAUAUAUAUAUAUAUUUCUAUGUUGUUUUUGUCACCUUGCAAGAGAUGGUACUAUGCAAAGCUGAAGAAAUAUCCCUGAGUGUCAUAAAUGUUUGUAUAACUCAGAGGAGCUGACUGAUAUAAUGCACACUCCUACUCGGCAAUCUGCUGUUCUGAUUCGUGCUGAAUAGCGUUUUUUUUCUUUCGUAUUGUCAGACAUUCAAUUGUUUUCGUUUUGCAUAUGUUUGUCUGUUUCGUUUGUCUCUCGAUUGUGUUUUUUUUUUUUACAAGUAAUUGGCAGGUUUUCACAUUCCUCCUCAUGAUGUUUUGUGUUCUGCUGUCGCUGAUGUGAUUUUCCUCUUUACUGCUCUCAAUCAGGCGUGACAUCAGAAUGAGAUUACCUAUGAAAUCACAUCUCGUUCUCUUUUUCGCUUUCUAUCCUUGGACUCGAUGCACUCGCGUCACCUCUCUUGAUUCUUUGAAACUGCAUUCCUGUUAUUGCACAGACAUUAUUGAGGUGAAAUCUUUUCGGUGAAAUGUUUCGAAUAAAAUAAGUGAAAGAACCGA